UCUCUUCAAAUCGCUGGUCCUCACCGGAAGAUUUGGUGGCACCGCCCCUCGAAACAGCCGGUGGAGCGAAGCCUCUUUCCCGCUUGGGAAUUCUUGUACCUACUUCUCAAGGACGGAACCUUCGCUCCGAACCCAUUAAAGAAACGCUCGCCUUCUUUUCUUGGGAAUUGCGGGUCUCGGUCGUCUGAAGAGAUGAGUUACAGGGAAGAUAGCGACGAUGGCGGCAGCGAGAGGGACCUCCGGAAGCCGCUGCUCAACACCGGGAACUGGUACAGGAUGAGCUCGCGGCAGUCCACGACGGCGAACUUGGGCUCGUCGGCGCAGAUCAUCCGCGACGGCUCCGUCUCCGUCAUCCUCUGCGUCCUCAUCGUCGCGCUGGGCCCUAUCCAGUUUGGGUUCACGUGUGGGUAUUCGUCCCCGACGCAGGAGGACAUUAUCAGCGACCUAAGUCUCUCGCUUUCGGAGUUCUCCGUGUUUGGCUCCUUGGCUAACGUUGGUGCUAUGGUCGGGGCCAUUGCGAGCGGCCAGAUUGCAGAGUAUAUUGGCCGAAAAGGGUCGCUGAUGAUUGCUGCAAUCCCCAAUGUAAUUGGAUGGUUCAUCAUCUCUUUUUCCAAAGAUGUUUCAUUUUUAUACCUGGGAAGGUUGUUGGAGGGAUUUGGCGUGGGCGUCAUAUCCUAUACGGUGCCUGUAUAUAUUGCGGAGAUAUCACCUCAAGACAUGAGAGGAAGUCUUGGAUCUGUGAAUCAGCUCUCAGUCACUAUCGGAAUUCUGCUGGCUUAUGUGUUGGGAAUGUUUGUCAACUGGAGAGUGCUAGCAAUUUUAGGAGCUUUGCCUUGCAUGGUGUUGAUCCCUGGCUUAUUUUUCAUACCAGAGUCUCCUAGGUGGCUGGCCAAAAUGGGGUUGACAGAUGAAUUUGAAGCCUCUUUACAAGUUUUACGGGGUUUCGAUGCUGAUAUUUCCUCUGAAGUGAACGAAAUUAAGAAAUCUGUUGCAUCGUCAACCAAAAGAACCACAAUCAGGUUUGCCAAUCUCAAGAUGAAGAGAUAUUGGUUUCCUCUAAUGGUUGGAAUUGGAUUGCUUGUGCUUCAGCAACUCACUGGCAUCAAUGGCGUCUUAUUCUAUUCCACCAAGAUUUUUGAGAGCGCUGGAGUUUCUUCAAGCAAUGCUGCAACAGUUGGCCUCGGGGCAAUCCAGGUUGUUGCCACCGGAGUAGCUGUAUGGCUGAUGGACAGAGCCGGUCGCAGGCUGCUUCUUAUUAUUUCGUCUUCUGGGAUGGCUAUUAGCCUUCUUAUCGUUUCAGUUGCCUUCUAUCUAGAGGAUAUUGUAUCAGAAGAUUCCCGUGUGUAUAGCAUGUUGGGAAUAAUGUCACUGGUUGGGCUUGUGGUUCUUAUGAUUGCAUACUCUCUAGGGGUGGGAGCAAUUCCUUGGCUUAUAAUGUCUGAGAUACUUCCCGUGGAAAUUAAGGGUCUCGCUGGGAGCGUAGCAACAUUAGCAAAUUGGUUCUUUUCCUGGGCAAUCACGAUGAGCGAGAACUUGCUGUUGAAUUGGAGCACGGGAGGGACUUUCAGUAUCUUCACCUUGACAACUGCUCUUACGGUUGCUUUCGUGACGUUUCUUGUUCCCGAGACGAAGGGAAGAACACUGGAAGAGAUUCAGUCCUCGUUUAGAUGAUCGCUUUUGCAAAAGCUUUUUCACUUUCUCGUGGCAUCUAUGCCUUUCGUAGUACGUUUAGUUUUAUGGUUUUCCCUUUCGGAGUUGCUGAGGAAGAAAACUUGUGAUAAAGAAAAUCGAAAUCGGAGAAAAAGUAACAUAUUUUA